AGGUGUAGGAAGCAAGGGAGGGGCAGCAUUACGUCAUUUUGACUUGUUAAACGUGCUGUAUCUUGGUACCUAGACAAAACAUUUUAAGCUGAUUGGCUGGGAUAUAGGCUUGGGAACUUUCCCGUUUCCCAUCAUCUGAGACAAGGAACACAGCAGGGUAUUGCGAUCAUUUAUUAUUUAUAUAUUUAUUUUUAAUUCAAGCAGAACACGAAUUCAUCAUCUCGUUUUAUUCUAAGCAGCAAGUAUUGAAAUAUUGAAUUGUAUUCUGAUCCCAGGAAGGUAGGGCCUGAGAACCUGAACUUUAUUUCACCUUAUAAUCAAAAUGGAGACUUGUGGGCAAAAUGGCUUCUGAUAUGCUAAAGGCAACAGCAGGUGUUAACAGAGGAGCUGUGCUAGGAACUAAAGUAGGUCUCCACGGAGGGGCUGUAGAGUUUAAGCAGGUUACAACAGUAGGAGAUUGGAAGAACUGAUUCUCCUACCCUCCUAGUGAAAUGACAUCGGGGAAGGACAACCACUGUCUUGUCAACAGCUUUCCUUUUAGGAAUGUUGAAAAGGUUAAAUCCCCACCUUCACUACCGCAGUCGAUGGUAUCACUCCUUGUAUACAGUGGAAUCAGAGUAGGUGACAAACCUACUCAAAAACAUGCACUUGAGAAGCACCAGAGCUGAGCCUAAGUCUGCUUGGCUUCCUCCAGCCGGAAAGCCCUCUGACUCUUCCUCAAGGUGAUAAUCUUCAGUAGUCAAGAUGUCUUCAGGACCUGAGCCCCCAGCAGUUAAAACAGAACCAUCGAAAGAGAGAAACUUUGAAAGGCCAGGCCUUCGAGGGACACACACAACAACGUUAUUCCGAGCUGUGAACCCAGAGCUCUUCAUUAAACCUAACAAACCUGUAAUGGCCUUCGGACUGGUAGCCCUUUCCCUCUGUGUGGCUUAUAUUGGUUAUCUGCAUGCAACACAAGAGAACAAGAAGGACCUCUAUGAAGCUAUGGACAGUGAAGGACAUCGGUACAUGAGGAGAAAAACAUCCAAAUGGGAUUAACGUACAGGCUCCUUCUGAUGGAGUGCUGUUACAACUCUCAAGUCUUUAAAUGAUGUCGACUUUAUUAGUGUGUGGGAUUGUAUUUCUUGUUCCAUAAUCCGUUAACAAGAGAGGGUAUAUAAUUUGAAAGUAACCCACUGUGGUAAAUUUAGUUCUGUUAAUUAUUAAAUUUUGCAUAAUAAAAGAACCAGUACUGUUAAA